AUGAGAACCACAGGCAUCAACGAAACCAAAAGGGUUUUGAUUUUAACCCCCCGCCUGCUUCCAUGUGUAGUUUCAAAGGUUAUUAAUCUAUACCCAGAAGAAAUCUUGCCAGGUAUAACGCCAAAACUUACAAUCAACUGUUCGCUAACACACAAAAGCGUUCCAUACCUCACCGUGAUUAACUCUUUAACUCUAUCGCGUUACAAUGUAACGAACCAUGAGUUUGAUGCUGUUCUUUCACUGGACACUAGAACGUUGUCUGUCCAACAUUUUGUAGAACGACAAGAGGCAGAGAUUACUUCUGGUAGUCAGUUCCUAGCGUUGACCCUACACAACCCUACACAGAAUGAUGCAGAAAUCUACAGGUGUGAUGUAGACGGACAAAAUGCAUUAGGGAAAAAUCAAUCAUUUGUAGAGAAGAGUCAAGUAAAGGUAUUAAAUAAUCUGACCACAUAUAUAGAAGAGAUGAAGCGUCUAAGAAAAAUAGAAACAGAAUUCAUAAAUAUGAAAAGUAUAGAAACAUGUUCGCAAACGAAUAACUCUAAACAAGAAAACUCAAGACUAAAUUUUAGUGGAAAUUCAAAAAUUGUCAAAGAAUAUAUCCAGCCUCUAUCGUUAAAAUGUUCAUUCCAGACCAAGCCUAAGCAAACACCAUUUUUAAAAUGA